CAGUUACAAUGAAGACGUUUUCCGUUCUUCUUCUCGUGUCUUUCACGAUCCAGUUCUGUAUCACUUUCGGGUCUGUUCUCAAGACUCAUGACAAGAUCGUUGGAGGAGAAAUCGUGAAUAUUGAACAAUUUCCUUAUCAGGUGGCAGUGCUUGAUGUGGAUAACCAAAUUUGUGGUGGCUCAAUAAUCAGCGAUAGAUGGAUCCUAACGGCAGCCCAUUGCACCGAUGACACCAUCCCCCGCUAUCUAACCGUUCGAGUGGGUUCAUCAUUCCACCAGCACGGUGGAGUGGUUCAUCAAGUGGAUUCAGUCGUUCAACAUCCCGAUCAUGUUCCGUACAGUUGGUUGACCGACUUUGCCCUGCUGCAGCUGACGACUGCGUUAGAUUUUCGACUUGCGACCGUACAACCCAUUCCGUUGGCAUCGUCCGACUCGGAUUUGGAUUUCGACUUUGAUUGUGUGAUUUCCGGAUGGGGCAAAACUCUGAACGAUUCGCAGAGCACCGAUCAGCUGCGAGCGGCACAGGUUCGAUUGGUUCCCCAAGAGCAGUGUAACGGGUACUACGAUGGAAAGGUGGACGAGGAGACGAUGGUGUGCGCUGGGGAAGCCGGUCGGGACUCGUGCCAAGGCGAUUCCGGAGGGCCCCUAAUUGGCCGGGGGAAACAGGUUGGCAUUGUUUCUUGGGGGAAAGGAUGCGGUGACUAUCCGGGGGUUUAUGCUAAUGUUGUAUUUGCAAGAGGUUGGAUCAGGAGCGUUACCGGAUAUUGAAUCGAAUAAUAAAGGAAACAAUAUCGUUUAGGAAUAAAUUUUCUCUGUCGAACUGA